CGCGUGUACUUCCACUUUGAUUCUUGAAGCUUUUCAGCUGUACCAGGUCAGGAACCUGGUUUCUUGAAGCUUGUCAGCUGUACCAGGUCUCAUGUACAGACCCCUCCUAAAGCGUUUCUGCCGCUGUUGGGGUCCUUAUCUGGUUCACAUCUACAAUGGUUAACUCGCGAGAAUCCUCGCCUGAUUGGCUGCACGAUUUCAAGGCACCAGCUUCUGCACCUGUAAAUAUCUCGUCGUCAUCAACGUCGGAGUCGUAUGGUGUGCCCUCUUGGAGUGCGGGGGAAGUCAAUGAGGGAAAGAGAAGUCGGCCGCGAAAGAUUGACAGGCAAGAUGUAAGCAGUGACGACGAACCGGUUAGCAAGUUCAAGCGGCAGUCGUCCUCACAAGAGAUUAAUGAGGAAGCAAGUGGUCAGAAGAGGGAUCUGCUUUCGAGCGAAGCAAAGGUGAAAACCCAGGCAAAGAAAAGGACAAGAACAGAUGCGGGACUCGAGAGUGGCGGAGAUGGAGACGAUUCAGCCAAGAAGAAUGGGGUGCACGGGAAUGGUGACGUCUCGUGGAAUGGUCAGCGUGAAGAUGGCAGCGCUGCGAAGAGGAAGAAGGUUGAAGGACGCGGUAGGGGGAGAGGAGAAGGUGGGGGAGGAAGAGGAAGAGGGGCAGGCCGUGGGCGGUCUGCAUUGGGAGCAGAUAAGAAACUUGGCGGGGAGGCAAAGAAGGGAGGGGUGAUUGCCAAGGUAGAUGAGGGGAAAGGGAGAGGGAGGGGCACAGCCGGGCCUGAGACUGGAGUGCAGAAACAAGUGGGUCUGGAUAAAUGGCUGAGCACCAAGCCUGCCAUGCCAGCGCCUCCGCUUCAAGACACUGCGAAGGGACAACCGCUCCUGAAUGUGAAAAAGGAGUCCGGCAUAACUCACGAUGCUGUCACGAAGAAUGAAUUAAAUGACAUGGUUUGUGUCGAUGGCGGUAGAUUGGAGACAAAGGCGGCAGUGAAGAGGGAGCCUCUUGGGGGCAUCAAGGACGCAGCGAGGUGGAUGCAAAAUGACAUGGGUGACGAGAAGCCGGCAGAGAAGAAGGUAACGGGUGGAGGGGAGAAGAAAGGGAGAGAAGAGAUGAGAACGGCAGGGAUAAAAGAAGUGAAAAUGGAACUGAAAAGAGGGGACAGGGAGUUCAGUGAGGCGGUGACGGACGCGGAUGCGAUGGUAGAGGAGGAAGGAGAUGAAGAGGAUGGGACUAAGGGGGCAGAUGCGGCAGAAGACCUCAAGAAGAAGGGGAAGGUGAAAGUCUUGUCAAGGCUGCCAUUGAUGCUCCCGGAGAAAAUCUCAAGGACGAAGGUAAAGAUGAUGCUGUGGAGCUGGCCAAGGCACAUAUGUGCCUGCCUGGGGCCUCUUCACAAGGACCCCCUUCCGCUUCCGCCGCACAGCUUGACCUUAGUCUCUGAAAAGGCCAUCCAUUAAACCACCAGUUUAGCGCUGGCCAAGGCACAUAUGUGCCUGCCUGGAGCCUCUUCACAAG